AUUCUUAUUGUUAAUGUUAUUGGCACCGAGUGAAGUGACUCCAACAAAUCCCGUGAAAGAAAACACUCCCUACGCCCUUCGCCUACUCAAUUCCCAUGGCAUCCGAUCUAAACGACGCCGUUUUCCCCGAAGAAGAUCUCGACGACGACGAGGACGAGACUCAAGAGGAAGAAGAGGAGGACGACGAAGACGACGACGUUUUAGGCGAGCCCGACGACGACGAAACCGAGCCCCCUCCCUCCGUCCUCGCCGCCGCGCCCCUUUCCGCCGCCUCCCAAGCCCUCGACACCGCGUCAAUUCCGACCUCCGCCGACGAUUCCUCGCCGAAACGACAGCGGACAGAGCAAGUCGAGGAGAAGAAGGCGCUGGACGAUUCUCGGCGGCUGUUCCAGCGUCUGUGGACGGACGAGGACGAGAUCGGGCUUCUGCAGGGGUUUCUGGAGUACACGGCGCAGCGAGGAUCCUCUCACCACAACGACACCGCGUUGUUCUACGACCAGAUCAAGUCGAAGCUUCAACUCGGUUUCAACAAGAACCAGCUCGUGGAGAAGCUCCGCAGGCUGAAGAAGAAGUAUCGCAACGUCGUCGGCAAACUCGGCUCCGGCAAGGAGUUCUCCUUCAAGAGCCCUCACGACAGAGCCACCUUCGAAAUCUCGCGGAGGAUCUGGAGCAACACCGCUCCAGUCGCCGCUCCCGAAGACGACGACGAAAUCAACCCUAACCCUAAUUUCGGUCAUUCCGUGAAGACGCCGCUGUCGCGGAAGCGGUCGCGGCCUCGACCGGAGAAGCGCGAGUUGAACGAUAGGGGUAAUAAUUGUAUUGGAAAUAAUAACAAUAACAAUAAAGAUAAUGAAAGUUGUGAUAGUAGGAAUAACGUACAGGUUGUGAUCGAAGAGACGGUAAGGAGUUGUUUGACGCCGGUGCUGAAGGAGUUCGUGGGAUUGGUAAGAGGGUUUGGAGUUGGAGCAUUGAAUCCCUUGCCAAUGCCUUUGAUUUUAUUGAAUUUGGGGAUUGGGGAAAUGGCGAUGGAUGAGAAGUGGAGGAGGCAACAUAUUUUGGAGAUGGAAGUUUAUUCAAAGCGUUUGGAAUUGAUGCAGGAUGAGAUCAAGGUUGCUCUCGAGGAGUUGCGAUCUUCUGGAGGAGGAUGAGAAUGACCCAAUAUAAAACUAAGUUUAUAGGUGUUUUACUUUAUAAGGAUUUACAUUUACUUGCUAAUUAUUGAUCCAUCAAUGGUUUGAUAGGCUACUUUUUAUCAUUUUUAUUAGUUUAGGUUUUGAUUAUUGCAUACAGCAGAUGUUGAAUAAAAUGUUCUUGUUUAUA